UCCGAGCGUGCACGCACCCAGACGCCUUCGGGAGCGAGCGCGUCGGGGAGACUGGGCUACGGCGGCGCAGUGGGCCGGGAGACCCGCUCCCGCGGCCCAGAGUACAGUGGAGAAGCAGCAAUGGAUUCCUUGGACCAUAUGCUUACGGAUCCUCUGGAACUCGGUCCAUGUGGAGAUGGUCAUGGCGCCAGGAUUAUGGAGGACUGCCUGUUGGGAGGCACCAGGGUUAGCCUGCCCGAAGACCUUCUGGAGGAUCCUGAGAUAUUCUUCGAUGUUGUCAGCCUCUCCACAUGGCAGGAAGUACUGAGUGACUCUCAGCGUAAGCAUCUCCAGCAGUUUCUGCCUCAGUUUCCCUCAGACAGCACGGAGCAGCAGAAUGAGCUCAUCCUAGCCCUAUUCAGCGGGGAGAACUUCCGUUUUGGAAACCCUCUGCACAUCGCCCAGAAGCUUUUCCGAGAUGGAUACUUUAAUCCUGAGGUGGUCAAAUACCGGCAGCUAUGCUUCAAGUCACAGUACAAAAGAUACCUCAGCUCGCAGCAGCAGUAUUUCCAUCGGCUUCUGAAGCAUAUUCUUGCUUCCCGGAGUGAUCUGCUGGAGAUGGCCCGCAGGAGUGGCCCAGCCCUUCCCUUCCGACAGAAACGCCCUUCACCAUCCCGAAGCCCUGAGGAGCGGGAGUGGCGGACCCAGCAGCGCUACUUGAAGGUCUUGAGGGAAGUGAAGGAGGAGUGUGGUGACACAGCUCUGUCAUCUGAUGAAGAGGCCACGUUGGAUUUACAAGAAAAAUUUUCUUUUGAAGAUCUCAGCUCAUGGCUUCCGAGCUCUCCAGCACGUUCUCCUAGCCCUGCGGUGCCCCUGAGGGUGGUGCCCACACUUUCUACCACGGAUAUGAAAACUGCAGAUAAAAUAGAACUUGGGGACAAUGACCUGAAGAUAAUGUUAAAGAAGCACCAUGAGAAGCGAAAACAUCAACCAGAUCACCCGGACCUUUUGACAGGGGACCUGACCCUCAGUGACAUCAUGACCCGAGUAAAUGCUGGCAAGAAGGGCUCUCUAGCAGCCUUAUAUGACUUGGCUGUCCUUAAAAAAAAAGCAAAGGAAAAAGAGGAAAGGAAGAAGAAGAAAAUAAAGCUGAUCAAAUCUGAGGCGGAGGAUUUGGCUGAGCCUCUGAGCAGUACUGAAGGGGUUCCAUCUCUCUCGCAGGCCCCGUCUCCACUAGCAAUACCUGCUAUAAAGGAAGAGCCCCUAGAAGACCUCAAGCCUUGCCUUGGAAUCAAUGAGAUAUCUUCUAGUUUUUUUUCUCUUCUGUUAGAGAUCUUGCUGCUGGAGAAUCAGACUAGCCUUCCUAUGCUGGAGGAGCGCAUUUUGGACUGGCAGUCAUCUCCAGCCAGUUCCCUCAACAGCUGGUUUUCUGCGGCUCCCAACUGGGCUGAGUUGGUGUUGCCUGCCCUACAGUAUCUUGCUGGAGAAAGCCGAGCUGUUCCUUCCAGUUUCUCUCCAUUUGUUGAAUUCAAAGAGAAAACCCAGCAGUGGAAAUUGCUUGGUCAGUCCCAGGAUAACGAGAAGGAGUUAGCUGCACUGUUCCAGCUGUGGCUAGAGACAAAAGACCAGGCCUUCUGUAAGCAAGAAAAUGAAGACAGCUCAGAUGCCACAACCCCUGUUCCUCGGGUGAGAACUGACUAUGUGGUGCGGCCCAGCACAGGCGAGGAGAAGCGGGUGUUUCAGGAGCAGGAGCGUUACAGGUACAGCCAGCCCCACAAGGCGUUCACCUUUCGCAUGCAUGGAUUCGAAUCUGUGGUGGGCCCAGUGAAGGGUGUGUUUGACAAGGAGACCUCCCUCAACAAGGCCCGUGAGCACUCCCUGCUGCGCUCGGACCGGCCGGCCUAUGUCACCAUCCUGUCUCUUGUUCGGGAUGCCGCUGCUCGCCUGCCUAAUGGAGAAGGCACACGGGCAGAGAUCUGUGAGCUGCUCAAGGAUUCUCAGUUUCUUGCUCCAGAUGUCACUAGCACUCAGGUGAACACAGUAGUGAGUGGUGCACUGGAUCGCCUACAUUAUGAAAAAGACCCUUGUGUGAAAUAUGAUAUUGGACGAAAGCUGUGGAUCUACUUGCAUCGCGACCGGAGUGAGGAAGAGUUUGAGCGGAUUCACCAAGCCCAAGCAGCUGCAGCUAAAGCCAGAAAAGCUCUUCAGCAAAAACCCAAGCCCCCUUCCAAGGUGAAGUCCAGUAACAAGGAGAGUUCCAUGAAGGUCCUCAGCAGUGGCACUUCUGAGCAGAGCCAGAUGAGCCUUAGUGACUCCAGCAUGCCACCCACCCCAGUUACUCCUGUAACCCCCACCACACCAGCGUUGCCCGCUACACCCAUCUCCCCUCCACCUGUGUCGUCAGUGAACAAAAGUGGUCCUACCACUGUCUCUGAACCAGCGAAGUCCAACUCAGGGGUUCUUCUGGUGUCCUCACCAACAAUGCCACAGUUAGGAACAAUGCUUUCCCCAGCUUCCAGCCAGACUCCGCCCAGUUCUCAGGCUACUGCUCGGGUUGUGAGCCACUCUGGCUCUGCUGGGCUCCCCCAGGUACGAGUGGUGGCCCAGCCCAGCCUUCCUGCCGUCCCUCAGCAGCCAGCAGGGCCAGCACCGACAUUGCCACAGAUGCCAGCAGGACCGCAGAUCCGGGUGCCAGCCACUGCCACACAGACCAAAGUAGUGCCCCAGGCCGUCAUGGCCACUGUUCCAGUCAAAGCACAGACUGCAGCAGCCACUGUGCAGCGGCCUGGCCCUGGGCAGACGGGGCUCACAGUGACAAGUCUCCCAGCAGCAGCCAGCCCUGUGAGCAAGCCAGCCGCGAGUUCUCCUGGAAGCUCCGCUCCAAGUGCCUCCACAACUGCUGUCAUUCAAAACGUCACAGGGCAGAACAUCAUCAAGCAGGUGGCUAUCACUGGGCAGCUUGGUGUGAAGCCCCAGACGGGCAACAGCAUUCCACUCACAGCCACUAACUUCCGUAUCCAGGGUAAGGAUGUGCUGCGGCUGCCUCCCUCUUCUAUCACCACAGAUGCUAAGGGCCAGACGGUUCUGCGAAUCACUCCGGACAUGAUGGCCACGUUGGCCAAGUCCCAGGUUACCACUGUCAAAUUGACCCAGGAUCUCUUCGGGACAGGAAGUGGCACUGCAGGCAAAGGCAUCUCUGCUACCCUACAUGUCACCUCCAACCCCGUGCAUGCUGCCGAAAGCCCUGCCAAGGCCAGCUCUGCCAGUGCGCCUACAUCUGCCCCAGCAGCUACCACCGUGGUCAAAGUGACACCUGACCUCAAGCCGACAGAAACCUCGAGUUCAGCUUUUCGCUUGAUGCCAGCCCUUGGUGUAAGCGUGGCAGAUCAGAAAGGAAAAAACACAGUGGCCUCCUCAGAAGCAAAACCGGCUGCCACCAUCCGCAUCGUGCAGGGCCUGGGUGUGAUGCCUCCCAAAGCAGGCCAGACCAUCACUGUUGCGACCCAUGCCAAGCCAGGGGCCUCGGUAGCCAGUGGGUCUGGAACUGUCCAUUCUUCAACUGUGUCUUUGCCUAGUAUGAGUGCUGCCAUGUCCAAGACUGUGGCUGUGGCUUCUGGGGCCGCAAGCACCCCCAUCAGCAUCGGGACAGGAGCCCCCACUGUGCGGCAAGUCCCAGUCAGCACCACAGUUGUGUCCACGUCCCAGGCUGGGAAGCUGCCUACUCGGAUCACAGUCCCGCUCUCUGUGAUUAGCCAGCCGAUGAAGGGCAAGAGUGUGGUCACAGCCCCCAUCAUCAAAGGCAACCUUGGAGCCAACCUCAGUGGCUUGGGCCGCAAUAUCAUUCUCACGACCAUGCCGGCAGGUACCAAGCUCAUCGCUGGCAACAAACCUGUUAGCUUCCUUACUGCCCAGCAGCUGCAGCAGCUUCAGCAACAAGGUCAGGCCACACAGGUGCGCAUCCAGACUGUCCCCGCUUCCCAUCUCCAGCAGGGCACAGCUUCCGGUCCCUCCAAAGCUGUCUCCACGGUUGUUGUGACCACAGCUCCGUCUCCUAGACGGACACCUGAACAGCAGUGACUGAGAGUAGCUUCCAUGAGGGACCACGCCUGAUCUGUUCUGGCUGAAAGGAAGGGAGCAGGGGGCUGCGUCUUCCCCUGAGCUUGUCUGCCUGAGGCAGGCCAGUGGGAGGAUGAAAGCAAGAGCAGCCUAGAUUCUGCUGUCGUGCUCCAAAUAGAGUCCCAGUUCAGGCCGACUCUGCCUUGUACCAGUCCAGGAGAAGGUUCCGGUAGUGUGGGAGGUCACAGUUACAUCAUACAAGCCAAAGUUCACCCCUGCGAGUAGGGAAGGCUUACCAGUUACACAGUGGCAGGUGGUAGAUGAGCCUCAUUUGAUGUGACAGUGGUAUUUUUAUCUUCUGGUCUUUAUGACUCAAGGUCUUGAUACGAGAUUUGUGUCCAGAAAAUUUUAUGUAACUUAUUUUUUUAAAGAACCUAUAGUAUAUCUUUGUCAAAUAGAAACCUGAGCUGCAGUGCCCCACCCCAGUCUUAUUCUUUUGACCAGAAUGAGAAAAGAGCAAGAAUUUUGUUAAGUUGGUGGCUAACCUGAUGUCUAUAUAUAGUUGCAAGGCUGUAAGAUGGGGAAAACGUGUAGGAAGUAAGGUAGUGUGAAUUCCCUGAAACAGGAUUAGUUUGGCACUGCCUCUUGAAGAUGGUGUUGGGACUAAUCAUCAUCCCUACUUUCAUGUGCCAAUGUUAUCUGUGGCACAGCCAUUCACAUGAAGUCCACAGCCAUGGACAGAGCGUAGAGGAAGGACAGUGAGGUGCUACUUUCAUAGCACAGACUUUGCAUUAGUUCACUCAUUGUACAUUCUGUUUUUCUGUAGACCCAGAGUCACAGACUAGGUUUUUGGCACAGGCCACCAGUUCUUAUAUAAACAAAAAUUUUUUGGAACAGACUGUUCUCAUCCAUUUAAGUAGUAUGUAUGGCUGCCUUCAACUUAGAAUGCAAAAUUAAUUAAUGCCAUAGAGGCUGCAUGGUCCGUAUACCCAAACUGUUUCUUCUGUAGCCCUUUGCAAAUAAAUGUCAUUGACCUGUGUUCCAAAGGAGAGUUGGCAGGAGGAGAGGGGUCAGAGGUGCAAGGUCUGGUGUUGCCUGGCAGUCCCGCUUCAGAAGAGGUCAGGCUGGGUUUGAAGUCAUUUAUUCCCGGCUGUUUUCCACUUCACAGCCUUUGUCAGCUAUAGGCAGAGUUCAGGACAAUGUCUUAGAAAGUCCUAAGUUCAGAAGGCACUGGUGGUUGACAGUGUUGGGCAGACGUGGAUGGGCAAACUUCUCUGCAGUGACAGGACUUCCCUAUCUCGAAAGUACCUAAAUUAUUAAAAUUUUGUCUUUAAUCCAUGGAA